AUGCUAUACAGACCAAACACCCUGUGGACCUGGAUCCUUCUAGUUUCCACAUUCAUUGAAGUGGUGGUGCUCAUUGCUCUUGAAGCGUAUAUUUUGACACUCACUUUGCUUGGCACGAAACCUGCUGACCUAUGGAACAGGGUAAUAUACACCAGUAUUCGAAACAAUGUUACACCCGUUGCUUGGGAUAUAUCAGCAUACAGAUGCAUACCCACUUUCUUCGUCUUGGUGACACUCUGGGUGGUAUACCAGCUGCUCCUUGUCUAUGACACAUCGGCACACUGGGGUACUAUCCAACUGAUUGGUUUGGGCAUAUACUCGGCCGCAUUAAGCUAA